GUGUAACCAAUAAUUUAUUAUCACUUUAAAUUUUCUUCAUCGUCCCCGCCCUUUUUAGGGUUUCAGAUUCUCAGUUCCAUUUCCAUUUUUUUUCUUAUUUUGGAAGAGAAAACUAAUCUUAAUGGGCAAUAAAGUUACAGAUGAACUCGUAUCCACCGUCCGAUCAAUCGUGGGCUCCGAUUACUCCGACAUGGACGUAAUCAGAGCCCUCCACAUGGCCAACAACGACCUCACCGCGGCCAUCAACAUAAUCUUCGACACCCCAAAUUUUAAAUCCAAAGGAAUUUUAGGGGUUCAGAGGAAUCCUCAAAUUCCCAAUCAAAAUUCGAGAUCAGAAACUCGACCCGUUAGUGUUAGCAGUGUGAAUUCGAAGGAAAAUGGUGGUGGCGGGAACAAGAAUUUUUCUUUGAGAGGAAAUUUGGGGAUUCAGAGGAAUCCUCAAGUUUCCAUUCAAUAUUCGAGAUCAGUAACUCGACCUGUUACUGCUAGUUGUGUGAAAUCGAAGGAAAAUGGUGGUGGCGGGGAAAAGAAUUUUUCUUUGAGGACUGACGGCAAUGGUGCCAACUUUCCCACUAAGUUCGACGGUGAGGAACCGGAAGCCCAAUAUGAAUGCUCUCCUGAGAGUUCUCUUGAGGAAAAAUGGUGGCUUGUGGGUUGUGGCGAAGUGGCAGGGUUGUCUACAUGCAAAGGAAGUAGAAUCAAGCCUGGUGAUGAAGUGGAUUUCACAUUUCCAUUGAAGGGUUUUGCUACUUCGCCUUCGCCGGGCAAGGCUUUAGGUAGGGGUCGGAAUGCAGCAGCCGCUUGUUCAGAGAUUGUGAGGUUUUCAACCAAAAAUUCAGGAGAGAUUGGUAGAAUACCUAAUGAAUGGGCUCGGUGUCUCUUUCCACUUGUGAGGGAUAAGAAGGUUAGAGUUCUGGGUUUUUGUAAACACACACCUGAAGUGUUAUGUAUUAUGGACACCAUUCAUUUGUCAAUAAGUGUCUACAUCGAUAGUUCCAUGUUCCAUAAGCAACAUGAUACUUCACUUAAGGCAGCUAGCAGUUCUGCCGACGAAUCAGUGGUUCAUCCUCUCCCGACAUUAUUUCAUUUGCUGGGUCUAGCUCCAUUUAAGAAGGCAGAAUUUACCCCUGAUGACUUAUACUCAAGGAAGCGACCAUUAGACUUGAAGGGAUGUUCUGGAUUUCAGGCCUCAACUUUACUUACGCGGAAGCUUAAGAAUCCUUCUGCAAAUGAAAAUGAAGGAGAAGAUGAGGAACCUAUUUCAGAUGCUGAUUUGGAGAAUAUUGUUGGUGUUGGAAACAGUUCGGAGUUAGAGGAAAUGGAACCCGCUGAUACACUUCAGUGUGAACUUCGGCCUUACCAAAAACAGGCUCUUUAUUGGAUGACCCAGUUAGAAAGGCUAGAAAAGGGACGAUGUACGGAUGGAGAAGGAACAACUCUUCAUCCUUGUUGGGAAGCAUAUCAUCUUGCAGACAAGAGAGGACAAGUUGUUUAUUUGAAUGCAUUUUCGGGUGAUGCUACUACACAAUUUCCAAGCACUCUACAAAUGGCUAGAGGAGGAAUUCUGGCAGAUGCUAUGGGAUUGGGAAAGACCAUUAUGACCAUAAGUCUCCUCCUUGCUCAUUCAGAAAGAUCAUUUGUUAGCCAACCUUCUGGUGAAGGUAGUGAAGUUGGGAAUAGUUCAAGCUCGCCAAACCUCCCAAAGAGAACAGCAAAACUUCCCGGGGUUGAUAAGCUGACAACGCAAAAGACCACACUUAUGAAUGGUGGGAGUUUGAUUAUAUGUCCUAUGACUCUGUUAGGGCAGUGGAAGGCAGAGAUAGAAACUCAUGUAAAACCCGGAUCUUUAUCUGUUUAUGUUCAUUAUGGACAAAGUAGACCAAAGGAUGCGACAUUCUUAACUCAAAGUGAUGUAGUGAUCACAACAUAUGGAGUAUUAGCUUCAGAAUUUUCCGCAGAGAAUACUGAGGAAAGUGGGGGCCUUUACUCAGUUCGGUGGUUUAGAGUGGUUCUUGAUGAGGCACAUACAAUAAAAUCUUCCAAGAGCCAGAUUUCUAUGGCUACUGCUGCUUUAGUUGCAGAUUGUCGGUGGUGUCUUACUGGCACCCCUAUUCAGAACAAACUAGAGGAUCUUUACAGUCUUCUUCGGUUUUUGAGGGUGGAACCAUGGGGUAACUGGGCAUGGUGGAAUAAACUCAUUCAGAAACCUUUCGAAGAGGGAGAUGAAAGGGGGUUGAAAUUGGUUCAAUCUAUCCUAAAGAGAAUCAUGCUACGGAGAACAAAGUUUAGCACAGAUCGCAAUGGCAAACUGAUUUUAGUCCUACCACCAGCUGAUAUUCAGGUGAUUUACUGUGAACUCACAGAAGCUGAAAAAGAUUUCUAUGAGGCCCUUUUUAAAAGAUCCAAGGUGAAGUUUGAUCAGUUUGUUGAGCAAGGACGGGUACUUCAUAAUUACGCUUCCAUAUUGGAGUUACUUUUACGUCUUCGUCAAUGUUGUGAUCAUCCCUUUCUUGUGAUGAGUCGAGGUGAUACACAAGAAUUUUCUGAUUUGCGUAAACUGGCUAAACGGUUUCUUAAAGGAAGUAAUAAGAAUUCUGAAGAAGGAGAAGACAAAGAUCUGCCUUCCAAGGCUUUUGUACAAGAGGUUUUAGAAGAGUUGCGUAAGGGGGAAGAGGGAGAGUGCCCAAUUUGUCUCGAAGCAUUUGAAGAUGCAGUUUUGACACCUUGUGCUCAUCGCCUAUGUCGUGAAUGUUUGUUGGCAAGUUGGCGAAAUGCUACUUCUGGGCUAUGUCCUGUUUGUAGGAAGAUUGUUAGCAAACAAGAUCUUAUAACCGCCCCAACUGAAAAUCGAUUCAAGGUUGAUAUUGAUAAAAACUGGGUGGAAUCAACAAAAGUUGCUGUUCUGUUACGUGAGCUUGAGGCUCUUCGCUUGUCAGGCUCUAAGAGCAUUGUGUUUAGCCAAUGGACUGCUUUCCUGGAUUUGUUACAGAUUCCUUUAUCUCGGAGUAACAUUCCAUUUCUUCGACUAGAUGGGACUCUGAAUCAACAGCAACGUGAAAAAGUUCUAAAGCAGUUCUCGGAAGAUAGCAGCAUCCUGGUGUUGCUGAUGUCACUAAAGGCCGGGGGAGUCGGAAUCAAUCUAACAGCAGCUUCUAGUGCCUUUGUCUUGGAUCCAUGGUGGAAUCCUGCUGUGGAGGAGCAAGCAGUCAUGCGAAUUCAUCGAAUCGGCCAAACAAAAAAGGUGACAAUCAAAAGGUUUAUUGUGAAGGGUACAGUAGAGGAAAGAAUGGAAGCAGUACAAGCCCGUAAACAGAGAAUGAUUUCUGGUGCCUUAACCGAUCAAGAAGUUCGUAGUGCUCGAUUAGAGGAACUGAAGAUGCUGUUCUCUUAGAGUUCUGAACGAGCUGUAAUGCUUUUUCUCCAUGGAGUGAGAGAGCUCUUUCUUUUCGAAGUGUCUGUUACCGAUUCAGACAAGAUCCUUCUCUCGAGUUACAAGGUACAAAAUAGUAUGCCUCGAGUUUAUUUAUGAAAAAUUCAGUGAAGAAACUCGAAUUUUUGGUGAUGGAUUGAGUAGGCUGAUAGGAUCAUUGGCUUAGCUUUGGUGAAGUUUUGCUCAGUGUGCAAUAUCAGGUCAUGACUAGUGAUUUUGCAUAACGUUCUGAUGUAAAUAUUUCAAGAGGGACUUCUAUUAUAUAUAUUGGUUGUAUUGACCUUAGCUAGUAACUCAAGAUUUUUAAAGUGCUCUUUAUUAAUAUGUAGAUGUAUGUAUGGAUGGAUAUUUGAUAAUUAAUGUUUCAAUAACAUAUGGCCCUAC